AUUUUUCCGGCCCCUCACUUCUGAUCUUUUUAAACGUUGAAGUGUCCAAAAAUUCUACUUUCUGAAAAGUAUCAAAAGAUUUAAGGAAAUCAUCGCGACUUCUUGGAAUUGACAUCAUCUUAGCAAAAGCUCAUAACAUCAUACAUUUACUGUAUAUACAAAUCAAGAUUUCCGGACAAAGGACCCAAAUAGGAAGCUUACUCCUUCACAUACCUAGUAUCUUAUCCGAGAUGCCGCCUCUACGCCAUUCCAUAUCUCAGCUAUUUGCACCGCAUCCAGCAUUUGCACUUCGAGGCUCUCAAGUGCAUGAAAAAUCUCAAUACACAGCUCCAUCUACAACUCCAAUUAACGACGAGAUGAUUUCUUGCUUACAACCAAAAAGGCCUACAGUACGUUGGAGAAUCUUACCGAGCUUUGCUUAGCCGGUGCGGGGAUCACCGAAGAAUAUGGCUAGCUAACUAGUACCGAUCAUUAGGUCCCAACACCAUCCACAUCCUCAGCUCCACCUUCCAAUCCACAUCCACCUAUAAGCUCAAUAUCCCCACCAACACCCCUCUCUUUUUCAUCCCCAUCCGUAUCUCCAUCUCCGUCCUUCCCCGCCCUCACAUUCUCCGCCUUAGCUCCUCCCCGAACCCAAAUCGAAGCUCUUCCACCACACACAACGCCCACAUCGACACCCAUAACCACAACCACAACCACAACCUUUGCAGCAUCAUCUCCCUUCCUAUACAUAACCCAUACAAACGGCAAAUUCAUCCUAGAUUCUGCAAAACGCCAUCCAGUUUUCUUUACAGAUAAAUUGAGGAGAGCACCUGCGGGCGUGGAGACGAAUGGAUACGGGUAUGAGGAUUGGAAGGCGGGGAGUCCGGUUGCGAGGGGUUAUGUGUACGAAAGUGGUGCGGUUGAGGAGAGGGAGGCAAAGUUGUAAUGAGGGGUUUUAAGGUGCGGGUUAAAGAUGAUUCUUGGGGGGUUUCAUUAAUUUACGGGUUCUGUAUAUUAGAGGUUGACUUUGAAAAGAAAGAGAGGCUUUAUGGAUUGUGUAAUCCUGCCUUCUCUGCAUUGUUACGAAUACUUAUCGGUUUG